GACAACACUUGUUUAAGGUCCCCGACGUUGACGUAGAAUUCAGUGACUAGUGUAUUCAGGUCAGGUCGGAGGGGUUCUGGAGGACAGUUGAUCAUGGCCUUAAGGGCGAUCCGGUUGGUCUUUCCUUCGGUGGCAACUGCUGUCAAAACCACGAAUGUCGUUUGGAAGGCAUCCAUACACAUGACUGCAGCGAGGAAGCUGGAGUACGGCUGGUGGGCGUAUGCACUGGGCGAAAGGACCACACCGCGCUUGAAACAGUACAGCAAGAUUAUUUCGGUGGAUGGAAACCUUGCGUCAGGCAAAGGAGCACUGGCACAAAAGCUGGCUGACAGGCUCGGCAUGCUCUACAUGGCUGAACCCGACACUUUCUACUUGGACAAGAUGUCAGGAGAGAAGGAGCCCCUCCCUGUCGACUACAAUGGAAUGUGCAGCCUGGAGAAGUUCUACGUGGACCCAAAAGCAGCCGAUGGGAACAGUUACAGGCUGCAGCUGUGGAUGUACAUCAUGCGCCUGCUGCAGUAUUCGGACGCCCUUGAACAUCUGUUAACCACAGGCCAAGGUGUCAUCCUAGAGCGUUCGCCCUUCAGCGAUAUGGUGUUCCUGGAUGCCAUGUUUGAACAGGGUUAUAUCAGGAAAGAGUGUGUGCGGCACUACAAUGAGAUCAAAAACAUUAGCAUUUGUGAGUUCCUGCCUCCGCACCUUGUUGUCUAUGUGGACGUAUCCGCCGAGGAGGUGCAUAAGAAAGUGAAACAAAGCGGCAAGCAGCAUCUUCAGAAUGUGCCGUUGGCAUAUCUGAAGAGCAUUGAAGACAGCUACAAGAAGACCUUCUUGCCACAAAUCAGUGAAAAGUCUGAGCUGCUGGUUUACGACGCGACCCAAGCCCAAGACUUCGAGAGGGUGGCUGAGGACAUUGAAUAUUUGAAGUUUGACAAAGGCCCGUGGCUGGAACAGGAUGACGUCACUUACCAUCACAUGAGAAUGCUUGUUGAAGACAAAGAGAAGGUGGCAUCGUUGACCCAUAUACCCAAUUUUCUGCCUGAGAUCACCAUCGGGGCGCACGAUUAUGAUGAAAAAUACUACGCCUUUAAAUCGCUUCCUGGGAAGAAAUAUGCUCGGGGUUAUAACGCAGACAUCGGAGACAAAUCCAUUUGGCUCAAGUGAGGAAGAUCGCUUUCUGCCCUCGCCAUUGACCAAUCGGCUCUCAGCGUGAGAUAUUAGCAUCUUGUCUCCACUUGUACAUCCUAUUAUGUAUGUACUGAAAGAAUAAAUGGUCUCAUACACAUC